AUGUUUAGGUUUACUUCUACCCUGAGAAACGUUGUACGUAUUCAAGCAAGAUUUUACAGACGAAGAAGACUACCCACUGGAACUCACAUUCCAGCUCUACAACAGAAUGGAUUACUACGAGACGCAGGUGAAAUCAGUCUCAAAGCCAAAGACUCUCAUGAAACUGAGGAAAAUUUGAAAAAGAUGGGUUUCGAGGAAUGGAACUCCAACAAGUAUAUGGAGGAAUUAAUAUUACAGUACCUAAAACAUGCGAAUUCAGGUGUCAGGCAAAGCGCUAAGAACCUCUCAAAUCUGAGUAAGGAAUUGAAAACGGAUACAUUAGGACCAAAUGAACGAUUGCAAAUUUUAUUUGACUAUCUGUUGAAAGAGUGUGAAAUUGAAAUUAAAAUGCUGAAUCAAUUGGGACCAGAUCAAUUAAAGAAAUCAAAAGAAGUGAAGGAUAAGCCAUCAGAUCUCCCGAUUGAAACUCCGGAACAGUUAGAAGAUGCUGUGUUCUCUGAUUUAUUUGAUUCUGCUGAAAAUAGUCAGAACUAUUUAAACCACACGGAUCUCGUCUACCAAAUCCUUACAGAUCUUAACGAUAGAAAGUCACAAGGCCUAAGCGUACUUACGUUAGAACAAUUGGUACAGGUAUUCGAAUUGGCUAAGUUAAUAGGCAUUGAAGGAAGACGUAAAAGAGGUAUAUUUUUAGCAGGUAAUCUGUUGUAUUCCUUGGGGACUGUUAGAAUGGACCCGGUUAAUGAAUCAUUCUACAUAGAUUCCUUGGUAAACUACGGGUUUUAUAAAAGAGCUUUCGAGCUCUUUGAAAGUAACAGAGUCAAAGUUGAUGAACGGUGGUGGUACGAACUAGGUAUGAUGGUGGCUUUGAGAGCAAAUUAUUUGAAUAAAUUUGAUAAAUUAUUCAUAGCUACUGAUCUUCGGUUUGGAAUGUAUCCUUAUGUUUCCACACAAGUUCUCAGAUUAGCGGUGAGGCGUAAAUUGCUCAUAGGUGAUAUCAAAAGUGCUAAUAGACUUACCGACAGGUUCUUAGAAAUGGUUUCAGUUUACGGAUGUAAAAGAUUUGAUGAAGCUCCUGGUAAUGAUGGUAAGCAGAUGAUUAAUUUUACCACAGAGGAUCAAGCUGAUGAAUUUUUAAAUGAAAUGACACCCCCAAGUGAUUAUGAUUUUAUUACAUUGAUUGAAUAUCAUCUUUUCAGGAAGAACAUUCAUACUGCAAUGAAAUUGGUGGCGAAAUACUUAGAGACAGACGGUAUCACAGAUGAAAAUUACAGAUUCCUCAUCGUUCAAUUGAAGUUCAAUCUGCUGCAAAGUUUUGAGCAGUUGAGAAACUCCUUGGGCCCUCAUUUAAAUCCUACUACAGUGCAAGAAAAGUUAGAUGAACUACAAAAAUCGUUUGAUGAAGUGAGAAAGGAGCAUGAUAUAGAUAUCAGUUUUAGUCAAGAACUAUUGUUCAACAACGUUGCAUCCCUGGCAUCUUUUCCCGAGCUGACCAAAGUAAUGGAGGAUUUUGUGAGGAAAAGGGCAACCGCUGAUGAGGAUUUGUCACCAUCAAAGAAAUUCCAUGCAUUGUUAAAAAUUCUUCUGGCUACAGGAAAGGAAAAGGAAGCAUUUUUCCUAUUAUUCAAGAUGGAGGAGGCUUUGUUGAAAUCUAGGAAUUCCCCAGAGUUGGAAGGAGCACAAUUUUAUCCAGAAGUGCAGCCUCAUCACUAUGCAGUCUUUGUGGAAUAUUUUACUUUAUCCAAGGAUCGUUUCCCAAAGUCUAUGCACAGUGAUUUGGAGAAAAAAGUUCAGAGAAUUGUGGAAAGGAUGGAGAAUCAUGGUGUGCCUUAUAACUCCGUGCUUCUUGCAAAACUUUUGAUCUUUUACAGGGAUUUCAACAAUUUUAAUAAAUGUUUUGAAAUUAUAAAUCAAGUCAUGAAAGAAAAACUCGUUAAGCAAUUGGUUACAGAUUCAGGCCAUACUAGAUUCUAUAAUCGCAGAGAUGUAACCAGGCCACUUUAUGUGGAGAUGUGGAGAGCCUAUGGUAAAUAUUACAAAAUAUUCAAUAAGGAAUUGGAAAGGGUUGAGAAGAAAUCUAAUUAUUCAGGUUGGAAGACCCAGGUUGCCAAGAUUAUUAAGAGAACCCGAGUGCAUCCUGAAUUUCCAGUAAGGACCCUGUUUACUGCAAUGAUCCAACUGGACAAUGUGUUACCCGAUACUAAGAUGUACUAUAUGAUAUUAACAACUCUAAUGCGCAGCAGGGACUGGGCAAUCGUUCCCGGAGUACUAUGCACGAUGACUGAAUUACAUGGAUUCCCCCUUGAAACCCAAUUCAUUGUGUAUGUGACAAAGGGUCUUGAAAAGGAGUUAUUAGUGGUAAUCAGUAAGAAACAUCAAGCAGACGGCAAAAGCGUUGAGGAAUCUAAUGCACAAGCGAUGGCAAAAGUCAAGGAACUAAAGCUUCGUGGAUUGAUUUUAACCCCUCGAAUGGACCACCAGUAUAGUGUUGAUGAUUUGCUUCCACAAAUAUUAAUGUUGCUUAAAUUUAAAAAUCCUCAAGAUAUUCAAUUCAAUGACGUUUAUGGAGCAAUGAAUGAAUUGAAAAUAGAAAAGGACAAUCUUUCGGAAUUGAUAAACCGUGUAAAUAGUGAAAUUUUAUAA